ACAAGCAGGGGUCAGAGUGGACCUGUGGUUCUCCCCCAAGAGGAUGCCAGGAUUCUGGGCUCAGCAUCCUAAGAGGAGUGAACCCAUAAGUUUCCUGGGCCUCAUCAGAGGCAGUCUGGGGAGGCUGGGGCCCAGCCAAUGGUAGUGCCGGGCACAGCUCCUCCUCCUCCUAGGCCGGUGGCACACCCAGGCUGCCUACCGACUCUGCCGGCUCUGUCCCAGGAAGAGGCUUCCCCACACACCCUCCCUGGUUCUGGUAUGAGUUCGGACUGCCUGCGGAGUCUAACUGCCGGCUGCCAGGAGCUGGUACCUGGAGAGCCCUGAGAAGUAGCCACUCAGUAGCAGCCGACAUCUGGGUCCGCCAUGAACUGGGGGAUCUUCGAGGGGCUCCUGAGCGGGGUCAACAAGUACUCCACAGCCUUUGGACGCAUCUGGCUGUCUCUGGUCUUCAUCUUCCGCGUGCUGGUGUACCUGGUGACGGCUGAGCGUGUGUGGAGUGACGAUCACAAGGAUUUCGACUGCAACACCCGCCAGCCGGGCUGCUCCAACGUCUGCUUCGACGAGUUCUUCCCCGUGUCCCACGUGCGCCUCUGGGCCCUGCAGCUCAUCCUGGUCACGUGCCCCUCGCUGCUUGUGGUCAUGCAUGUGGCCUACCGGGAGGCUCGGGAGAAGAAGCACCGAGAGGCAGCGGGGGAGGAUGGGGGGCGCCUCUACCUGAACCCCGGGAAGAAGCAAGGUGGGCUCUGGUGGACGUACGUCUGCAGCCUGGUGUUCAAGGCCGGCGUGGAUGCCGCCUUCCUCUAUGUGUUCCACACAUUCUACCCCAAAUACAGCCUCCCUCCCGUGGUCAAGUGCCACGCGGCUCCGUGUCCCAAUAUAGUGGACUGCUUCAUCUCCAAGCCCUCGGAGAAGAACAUCUUCACACUCUUCAUGGUAGUCACGGCCGCCAUCUGCAUCCUGCUCAACCUCGUGGAGCUGGCCUACCUGGUGAACAAGAGGUGCCGCGAGUGCCUGGCAGCGAGGAAAGCCCGGGCCACGGGUGUGGGCCGUCGUGGGGACUGUGCCACCUCUUCCUGCAAACAGGACGACCUCCUCUUGGGCGACCUCAUCUUUCUGGGCUCAGAUGCUCACCCUCCUCUUUUACCAAAUCGCCCUCAAGACCACGUGAAGAAAACCAUGCUGUGAGGGGCCGCCUGUUCAGGCCUGGGUUGGAAGUUCCCAGCGUCUCUUAGGUGCAGCCUUGGGGGUGGGGGAGCAGAGCCGCAAGUGGGGGAAGGCAAGAGGGAGAGUCAGAGGCCCAGGAUCAAAUCCCUGUUCCACAGCCCCUGCCAUCCGCCCCAGCUGUGUGGCCUUGGCGAGUCCCCUCUGCUCUGCACCUCAGU